UGUAUCCGUGCAGGUUGUAGCACGAACUAUCCCUGUUUUACUCAUGUGCUAUCCGGAACGCGAUCCUGCUGGAUCGAUAAAGCCGUGAACGCUCGUGUCUUGUGCCAGUGUCUUUCUUCAGUCAUUUCCACAGAGAGAGAUUAUCUACUAUGUCUUUGAACGAUUAUUUCGCGGCCAACGGAGCGGUGUACCUGAGGCCCGUCGGCAUGCCAGACUGCUUCCCCCUGCCAGGCUUGCCCCAUGGAUGCAAACCACCUCCCCUGUCCAUGCAGCACCCUUGCAAUCCACCUCAGAAGCCCCGGACCAUGGCUGCCGUGUCGCCCCUGCAUCAGGUUGUGCCACCCCAGCCGAACAUCCCAUCUUACGAAGGUGGCAACCUUGCUUUCAACACAGCAAACAGAACCUCCAGUUUCGCUGCUGCGCUCAGGAAGUUGGCCAAACAAGCUGUGGAUCCUGUUUCCGGAGAAAAAGACCUGACCCAGAUCUCCCCAGUCUCCUCCCCGGUGCUGAGCCAAGGAUCUCUGACGCCCAAGAGAAGCGUCUCGAACGCCCAGCCGCCCCCUCAAGCUAUGUUCCUCACCAAUCACCAAGUAUCGUACGCCGCUUCAUCGCCCCCGGUCAUGACAAUCGCCCCCAGUAGACCCGUCGCCACACAUACUUCCGAGAGCAGGAAGGUUAUGGAUUUAAGCAAUGUACAGCAGGGGAAUAACUCAAGCACAUUAAGUAAUGGUCAUUUACAGGACUCCCUUGGGGUGAAGAUGGACUCUUCCAAAGGUCCUAGGCCUGCACAUUCAGAAAAGUGGGAUGAGUCGAAUAUGCCAAAUAAAGGAUUAUCUGGCUCAACGUCUUCUUCACAAUCAAGGCCUCAUGCAACCAUUGCACCUCUACCUAGGCCAGACGAUUCCUUAACGUCGUCAAGGGGAUUUCAACCGUAUCGGGGAACAGAGGAAUCUCGGAACACCCUCCCUCACCAUUUGUCCCUCUUUGAGCAUCCCCAUCCAGCCGCUUCCUAUCCGUACACCCCUGCAUUCUUGCCUCCCCCACAUCUCUCUCAUCCAGCAUAUAGAUUCGAUGAUCCUCUGUAUUUGGAGCGGUACAGCCUUCUUCGACCACCUGUGAUGCCAUACCCUCAGCCCAGCAUGAUGGGCCCUCCAGCCGCCUUCUAUCCUAACAGCCGGUAUGCGGCUGACCUUCUUGCUCAGUCUCUGUCAAUCGGUUCUACAAACAACAAUAUAAUCAAUCAUGAAAGACUAAAACAAGAAGAGGAGAGAAGAAUGCGCGAAAAAGAAAUCGAACUCGACCAGUCUCGAACGAAAGAGCAGGAGAGACAACGCGAGAAAGAGCACAAAGAAAAGGAAUCGAGGGAAAGAGAGCACAAGGAGCGAGAGCAGAGAGAGAAAGAGAAAAAAGAGCGCGAAAAAUCUCACAGGGAGAGAGAAGAACACAAGAAAUCACAUAAUUCAAAUUAUUCCAGCUCCAGUAGCAAAAGAACGGAAUCUCCGAGUGUGAGAAAUGCGCCUGUGAUUCAGUGCCCGCCAACAACGAUUGGUAAUCAUGCCACAGCACCUACAACUGUAAAUAAUCCUAUCCCUUUAAACUUGGUGGUCCAACCUAGUCCAGAACCUAUGAAGAAAGAAGCUGAACUCUGGACGCCAUGGCAGCAGCCAGUUGCUAAUUAUCCGAAAGAAAAUGGCAGCCAAGAGUUCGGAAAACCUCCAUCUUUUAGACCACAGGAAAUACAUCGACCUCAUGCAACCAAAGACGGCCACGUGAAUGACAAAGCAAAUAUGCGUUUUAGUCCAUCGAAUACGAACGAGAAAAAGCAGUCAAACAUUCCAGCCAUCGAAUCUUCUGGUGCUGACACAAAGAAGCAUUCCACAACGGACACAAAAAGAUUCGAUUCGAUUCACCACCAUAUAACCGAACUGUCAAAUAAAGAUCACGGACCUCAUGAAUGGCGACACGAGAAGUUGCAAAAGGCCUGCACAAACAAUCACAGAAAAAGCCACGAAUCAAAGAAGUCCAAAGAGGACCGCAACAAUGUCUUUCAAAACCAUCAGCGCAAAGCUGUGAAUGGUGCCAUAUUGAAAUCUAGUCCUUACCAGAAUGAAGGAAUGCAUGCCAGGUUGCUGGAAUCCGAAAAAUGCAGGCUAGAAAUGAAUGGGCACGCUUUACCAAAGACUCAUACUGCCAAUAAUAUCAAUGAUAGGUUGGUAGUUCCUAGUUUCAAGUCUAGUCAUCAGUCAACAACAACGGGAAAGGAAAUCGUUCCUCAGAAACUUUUUAAUGAGUUCUACAAUGCUCCCUUGCUCAAGAGCAAUAUAGAUUUCACGCCAGUUGUCAGUAAACUUGAUUUAGACGCCAAAAAUCUAAAGAAAGGUGAUUUUAAAUCUUAUGAAGAUGAUGCCAAAGAAGAGCUCCGUUUGAAAAAUUUUCUUAUAAUUACGAAAAUACCUCAACAGAAGUUUGACUCAAGUCCACAGAAAUUGAAAUUCCUACAGUUGUUAGGUUUGACUACUCACUUUAAAAGGAAAAAAAUCGAAUUUGAUAUGUACCUCAAGCGACGAAAAAUAUUAAGAGAAGAUUCUGCCAUUCCUCCUUUGAAUCUCGAAACGGAGCAGGAGGACACGUGCGUUCAGCCUUCUGUGGUAGAAAACAAUGCUUACUCGGAUCGUUUAGCAGAACAACUGAGGGCGGAAACUAACCCUAUUAAGUUGGAAUUCCUUUUCAAAAUUGGCCUCACGCCAAUUACGCUGGUGAAGAAGGAAGAAAAAGAGCGCAUUCAGCGGAUUGUUGAAGAAGAGAAAAUUCGACGUCACUAUCGAAUGCUGGCAAAUGUCAAUCGGAAAUCCUCUCCCAGGCGGUUGUUUGUGCCAAAGAGUGAGACAGCUCAAAAACUGGACCACUUAAGAAAAUUAAAAGAAAUGAAUUCCGUCAGCAACGGACUUACCUCCAAACAGUUAAAUGGAGAAGCUGAUGAUAUGAUGGAUGUAAAAUACUCUCCUUCGAAUUUAUUAAUCACACCGAAAGCUGAACAAGUGCCUUACCAUUAUUCAUCAGAAUCAAACGAAUCCUUGAACUCAUCUUCAGUUUCUACACCGUCGGAACGAAAUGAUUCUUCAUACUCAUCACCUCACAAUAAGUCUUUCAAUAAAUUCUCCUUUAAAAGGGGGCAUAGUCUCAAAAAUGAAUUUAGAUUUGCAACUCCAGAGCCUAGUCACAGAAACAAUCAAGUUACGAGAACGAAUGAUCUCCCAGCACUCCCAGCAGUUGUAACUGCUGGCAACUGUUCCGUGGGUAUUCAGGUAGAACCUAAUCUCUUCACCAACCCCGUGGACAAGACCCUAGCUGAUUUAAAGAAUUCUUUUAACUGGCCCGGUUUAGAAGCAAUCAUGGAAGCCUUCUAUAGGCAUCAAAACGAACAAUCAAGUGAAAAAGUAGUUUUAUUAGAGAGAUGCCAUCAACUGCGUCAAACGCAAGAAGAACUUAAAAUGGAAGCUGAUGGUCUCAGUAGACAGAUGUCGGAUCUCCUUCGAUGUAAGCGCGAACUCGACGAAGAGAGGCAGAAAUACCAGCACGCCAUCGACCAUCUCAAACAGUGCCUUCAGCCCGGAAGGUAACGAUAGAUGUCGUAAAACUGCAAUCACAAGGACAGUUACUGUAUAUUUUGCAUUUUUAAAGCAUCCAGCAAUUUCUCUCUACGAACUCUGAAUUCCUUUUUAAAGUUUUUCAGGGAUAUUGUAUAAAGAUUAUGGCGGUCACACCGUGAUGAGGAAGGCAAUGAAUGUUUUUCAUUUUUAUGCUAGUCUAAUUAUUUUUUAUCAUUCUCUGGUUUCAAGGGAGCUGGGGGAAGUUGGAAUUGUAUGAUUCUAGUCAAUAUACCGCAAAAAAGUUUUAUUUUACAUUUAUUGUUAAGGAUAUUCUUGCAAAUAAGUGGACUUUUAAUGAAUUAUACUAAAAAAAUUGUCCAAGAUAUAUUUCAAAAGCUUUGAUAAUGUAAAUAAUCUUGAAUAGAUUUAUUUCCUUGCUAGUCAGUAUUAUUUAAAAAAUAUUUUUAUAUAUUAUAUUGUUCUUUGUAUUUCUGUAAUGUUCCAGACAUUUAUGCAAACUAUGUUUAUAUGAAAUUAUAUUUUAAAUUAAAAUUAGAAUACUUUUCAAAAAGUUUGUAAAGAAACUAAGAUGGGAAAGUUUGAAUUCUAGUCAAAAUUCUAAAAAAAAAAAGACGUUUUUCAUUCACUACCCCAUGAAUUAUUUUCAAGUCUCUAAAAUUCAGCAUGAUUUAUAUUUAAAAUUAUAUAUUAACCUUAUAAUUAUUAUAUUACAUUUAAAAUUGCAUCUAUAAUAUACAUAUUUCAAAAAGUUUGAUAGUAAAAUUUUCAUUAGAAAAUGGGUUGAAUUCUAGUCAAUAUUCUCAAAAUAGUCAUCAUGUUCCAGACAUUUAUGCAAGCUAUGUUUAUAUAAAAUUAUAUUCUAAAUUAAAAUUAGAAUAUUUUACAAAAAGUUUGUAAAGAAACUAAAGAUGGGAAAGUUUGAAUUCUAGUCCAAAUUCUAAAAGAAAAGACGUUUUUCAUUCACUACCCCAUGAAUUAUUUUCCAAGUCUCAGAAAUUCAGUAUGAUUUAUACUUAAAAUUAUACAUUAACCUUAUAAUUAAUAUAUUACACUUAAAAUUGCAUCUAUAAUAUACAUAUUUCAAAAAGUUUGAUAAUAAAACUUUCAUUGGAGAAUGGGUUGAAUUCUAGUCAAUAUUCUCAAAACAGUUAUCUUUUUCUUAUAUUUACUAUUUGAUUAAUAUAAUGUCCGAUCAACACAGUGAUCUUUAUAUUUAGCAUACUAGCCUGAUAUCCUAAAAUAUUUGCAUAGUAGAAAUUUUAUAAUUUUUAAAAAGAUUUUGUGAUUGACAAAUAGCAAACUCAAAAACCAUAGUUUGUUUUUAAUUGAUAUUUCUCAACUUUCUCAAAAAAAGUUAUUUUUUUAUAAUUUUAACGUGUAAAUAACGUAUCUCAACAACAAGAGACAAACCAUAAUCAUAGCUGCUAUACCAAACAAUAAACAUAUGUCACAAUCUCCAGAAUUAAAAGUUUACUAAUAACUAAAUAAAAGUUUAAAGUUAUAAUUUUUUUAAAUAUAAAUUUAUAUGUAAAUUUAGUUAUUAAUGGGUUAAGUGCUAUCAUAUUUCAACUACUUUUAAAUCGUUCCGCAUUCCUCCAGCUCUGAUAUUUCAAACGCUGUAAGUACGUCUAGGACCAAAGCGACCACCCUCAUCAGAAGGGACCAUGUCAGAAGUAUUUUAACACACGACCACAUUCUAGUGAUUUUAUGCUAGUCCUCAGAGAAUGGACCUUUGUAUACAAAUGUAUAAUUUGCGGUACCUCUUUCAGUGUCAUUUCUGUAUAAAGUACUGUCAUGGAAUUUUUCUUGUUGAUAUAUCAUUGUACAACUUUGUGAUUUACCUUCAUAUUUUGCACAUUGAUACAUAUACUUGCGCUGUUAUAUUUAUAUUUUACUUUAUUUAGGUUACGAGAAAAUA